AUGGCUUCAUCUGUUUCCUCGAAGCUCUACAGCGGUAGAGAAGCUCUCCUUUCCUCUCUUUCCCUUCCUUUUGUCCCUUCUCUAUCUUCGUGUGCUUUCCCGCUAACUAUCUGCUCGGUUCUUUGUUCUCUAACCCUAAUUUUUUCUUCGAGCAGACGAUGUCAGUUUGGUGGUUGUCCUCCUGGACGUGAAUCCUUUCUUCUGGGCCGGUGUCAAUGCCAACUCCGGCACGAACCAACCCGCUGCCGCCCUGUCAUUUUCCAAAUUCCUCAGUCACGUCGGCAUCUGAUGAAUCCUGUUCCCGGCAGAAGCUUCUCAAUCAGUUCUGAUCGUUCCGUUUUGCUCAUCGUGGUCAGGUGUUACCGUUCGUGAGCUCGAUUUUACUCAUCAACCCGCUCAACCAGGUUGUUGUCAUCGCCGCUGGUGUCAAGUCGUGCGGCUAUAUCUAUGACUCCGGCGGCGGUAGCGACGGGACCAGUGUCUCAGAUCUUCGUGCUGGAUUUCUGCGGAGGCUGGAGGAGUUCGUAGAGAGGGACCGGCAGCUUUGCAGGGAUGGGGAGCGGGCGGCUGCAACUACCUCCUCAUUGCUGUCUGGGUCCCUCUCGCUUGCUCUUUGCUGUAUCCGCCCUGACUUUACAGAAUUUUGGCCGUUGAUUUCUCCUCUUGGUCUGGGAUGUUUUGAAAUUUUACGUGUCCUUAACCUCCUGAUAACAGACAUCCAAAGAGUGUUUCGCUCUGGAAUACUUCAUCCUCAACCGAGAGUAAGUGCCCACCUCAUUCUAGUCGGUUUGCCUCUUUACACAUUCUCUGAAUCUCCUUUUUACGGCUUCGGCAUCAUGCAGCCACCUCCCAAAGCCAGCUUAUGCAUAAUGAUAGAUCUGUAUAAAGUGUUUAGUACCAGUAGGUAUUUUUUAAAGAAAAGGUGAUGUUUAAUUUUACUUGCAAAGUAGUUACUGUAAAAGGUGAUGCUUAGUCUAAAAUCAUAAUAAUCUCUGCUCUCUUCAAGAACGAAACUAUCUCUUAAACUGUGAACUAAGUAGCUGUUACAGAUUUUAUGCUUGCAGGGUUCUCCAGAUGGACCAGACCAGUAAGCUUCAGAUUUUACACUGCAUUACUUUGACUCAUGACGGUUUGAUUCUAACUUGGAAAGAGUAAAUUGGUAGAUAUGUUGCCGUGAUGAAUGCAAUCUUCUCAGCCCAGCGCUCCGUGGUAAGUGUAAACUGUGAUUUAUAUUUUCCAUUCGAGUGAAUAUUUACUCGUUUAAAGAAUGGAGUCAUCGGAAGUUUAUGUUACCCUCAAGGUUAUUGUGUUCAACUUACAGUAGUAAUAUCCUAUCGUUAUCGUGAUAUAAAUUGGAUCAGACAACCUGAUUGUGAAAUCCCAAUCAGGACUAGAUCAGACAAAUCAGAAAGAUUCUGUGCUGGCUGAAGUGGAUCUAUUUUUUUGUUUCAUUAGUUUAUAUACGUAGCGGGGGGGUUGUAUCAUAAAAAAAAAAUAAAAAAUUCAAAUGAUUAAGUCGUAAAAAUUCCAAGUAUCAUGCCUUUGUGCUAUGAUAACAUCUACGAUGUAAUUUUUUGUAUGUAUUUUAAAAUGUUAAUAGAUAAGCGUUGGUGAAAUACUCUUCUUGUACAGAAAUAACUUCUGCUUAAGUGUGACUGCCUAGACUUGGAUGUUGUCCGGAUUAUUAUCUUAUAAGAACAGGUAGUAUUCAACUGAUUAGAAUAUAAUUUAAAAAAUGCUGUCAAUGACGAGCUGCAUUACUCCCAUGCUUAUUUAAGGUUCAACUCGCACAUUCUUUAAUAUGUCCAUGCCAAUAGCGAUUGAAGGUUGAGUUUACAUUUUGGUGGCUGGAUUUAUUUUAAUCUUUAUUUUCUUCCGAGGGGUGGGUUUGGGGUUCGGGGCUCAGUGAUAAGUAGUUAAUGCUUGUUGUCCUUAUCAUUCAAUAAUAUUUUUCUUGUCACAAUCUUGAUCGUUACUUGUUUCUGGUUGAUAUUGAAGAGGGGUCGCUUGUCAUAAUUUCUCCAGGUUCCUAUAGAUUCAUGUGUCGUGGGAAUCCGACACUCUGCAUUUCUGCAACAGGUACCCUCGUCAUCUUGCGCAGAUAAAUUCCUUUUCGUUUUUCUGGAUAUCAUUCCUUUUUAAUCUCUCCAAUUAUGUCUAACCCUGGUUAGUUUGCAGGCAUCACAUAUAACGGGUGGAAUUUAUUUGAAACCUCAGCAACUCGACGCCCUGUUUCAAUAUCUCUCUGUAUGGACAGAAGAAUCCAUUGCUUUACUCUCUGUCUACAGUCUUCGUUUAAUCUGCAAUGUUCAUUGAUUCAUGGACUUGUUUCGUUUCAUGUACAUUUUUGGGAAAAAGCUCGAGUGGGUCCGGGGCAUCUGUCGCUCUUUACCUUCCUACAUGACAGAAUGUGAUGGUAGAGGGGAGGAGAUUACGAGGGAGAUAAGACUCUGAGUAGCCAAAGUUGUGUCAUCAGGGGUGCUUGGGUGGAAUCAUGAUUCUGUAAAAUGCACAUUGAGUUCUCACAGACUGAGAGGAGAGCUGUUUCUGUGGGAACCCUAAACUUUCCUACACGGAUAGAAAUGAGCCGAGUAGUCCAACACAUUCAAGAACAAGGCUCAAACUCUUCCUUGAACGUAGCAACAAUAUAGUUCAUGCAGGCUUUCUUAGUGGAUUUUUUUAUGCUUUUACCGGUCUUGAGGAGAUAACCAGAGGCGUUAGACACACUGGUUAAAAAUGGUCACUCUCUGUUACGAUCCUCUUGCCUAGCAGACAGAAACAGACUCCCACUGCCCGUCUUUGAUCCGUUGACCUGCAGAUCGCUGGUUAGAGAUCGAUUCCUUUAAGAGGCACACUCAUUGGGCAUGUGGUGCGGGGAAUCUGCAUGGCUCCUGAUCAUUUUUUUCAAUGAGUCUCUGUAGUUUGCACAGAAGGUGUGAUGUUCAGACUGGUUAGUCAAUCGCAGAAGGCUUUCAAGAACCCUUGCGGAUCUGUAAUGGUUCAGAGGCUCGAGUGGGCACUUUGGAAUUUCAUGUGAGAAUCAACAUUGAUAGUUAUUCUCAUUGAAAACCUACUUCAUCAUCUUGAUGGACCAGGAUACUUUGGCGAAAUCUGUAUAUUAAUGCCUGCAGCCCUCUGUAAAUCGAUACCACAUCUGACAAAAUAAAAUAAAUUAUAUGCUACGGAUGACGAUAUGCACAUUAAUAUCGUUAUGAAAUACAGAAAGCUAGUUAGCUUUAUAUGUGUAGCUCGUCGUUUUGCUUUAUUUAUUUAUUAUCAUUAUUAUUUUAUUUUAUUUUACAUAUGCAGGCAUAAUUGGUCAAUGGCUGAUAUUUCUGCUACCCAGUUCAUCCUGAUCGCCAGAUUUAUCUUUAAAGAUAUAAUCUCUGUUUUUGUGCGUUUUCUAAUGAGACCGGUGGAUGAACAUUGUCUUAAAAUGUACAGGUAGUGUUUGCAGCUGACUUGCAAUCGCGGAGUUUUCUUCAACUUCCCAAAUCGGCUGGGGUUGACUUCCGUGCCUCGUAUGUCGUAACCCACUUCAUUCUACUAGGACGUCCCAUCAUCAUCACAGCUUCGUUUCUCAUUCUUUUAUCUUAAUCUUGUUAUCCCCACUCUAAUAGGCAGCGGCGACGAUUGACUCAGAGUAUGCUCUUGUGCCUAUUUUUGUGGUUGGUUGCCCAAAAUAGUCGUUUUUUAUGGGAGAACAGCCAGCAGUUCUUGGUCUGGUUGACUUUUGUGACACGAUGUUUCUUGCCAUGCAUGCAUCUAACCCAGUUGUUUAUUUAUUUAUUUAUUUAUUUAUUAUGCACCAUCAUUUUCUAUAUUUCUGGACUUAUUCUGUUUUGAUAAUGUUCUUGUUCCAAGGAUCGCUGACUUUCUGGCAUUGUUGCAGGUGUUUCUGCCACAAGAAGCCGAUCGACAGGGGCUAUGUCUGUUCGGUGUGCCUUUCUAUUUUCUGCAAAACCCACAAGAAAUGCUCUACAUGUGGGUGAGUCCCCGCUCUCUCACCAAUCCAGCUUAACGUGUGAUGUUCCCUCUGUUGACUUUUUCCAUGAUUUCCGCUCUCUUUCAUUAGUUUUUAUUCAUGAUAAUUAUCUUAUCUAUCUGUUCCCCACGACAUUAGUUCAUGAUGAUUUUUAUCCCCUCCGUUGACUUUUUUGCCCUUCUCGUUUCUUAUCUGCUGCUGUGAUCUUUUUGUUCAUGAUUUGAGUAUGUUUGAUCUGUAUGUUCCUGAUAACAUCGGGGUCGGAGAGGAAGCGCCGUUGACCUUGUGAAAUGGUCUCCGAUCAAGAUGAUCCCAUAUUUGGAAUUCCCGUUUUUUUCGGGUGUGAUUUCAAUCUGUUUUCAUAGAAAAAUUAUUCAGAGCGGCGGCGGGAUCGAUUUAUAUGUAAAGUUAUAUGUAAAUCUGAAUCUUCUUCCCCGUGCAGCUCGGAUUUCAAGCAGGCCUCUGCAGAUUCUCGGUCAAAGUCAGACAGCAAGAGGAAGACCCUCGAAGCCUCCUAG